UGAGCUCCCAAAGCUGGCCCAAUCCUGUCUUCUCUCAAACGCAGCCAUCCGCACCUCGUAGCCCUAAGCGCGCCGAGUUCCGCACCUCGUAGCGCGAUCCCGCGUGACGGUCUGCAGCAGGCUAAUCUUUGCGCACUGUCGUUCGGGGCGGAAUGGGCGGCGACAGCGGGGGAGACCACGGAGGGACGUCCGGGGAUCCCGGCACCGGCAGCCGAUGCAGCAGCGCUUGCGGCAUCCGCGGACGCGCAGGCUGGCGGAAGGCGGCGUGGUUCGCGGCGCACGUAUGCGCGGCGGUGUGCGUGCGCGCGGGUUUGGCGCAGAUGGGGCUCGGGCGGUGGCUAGAGACGCGGCCCGAGGUGGUCUCCACUAUUAACUCUCGCGCCGCGUUGCUGGAAGCGCAUUGGCUCAUGGACCACGGCCUCUCGCCUUACUCUGGCCCUCACUUCCAGGCUUCUCCCGUCCUGCUGCUCCUGCCGCCCUGCGUCCUCUCGCCUCUCAGCUUCACUCUCCUUCUAACCGUAUCUGACAUCCUAGCAGCUGUUCUCCUCAUCCUCUCAGGAUCCCUCCUCCACCCCUCCUCUCCCUCCAACCCCUCCUCUUCCCCCAACACCUCCUCUCCUCCCCCCCCCUCUCUCCCACCACCUGUGGGCCUUGGGGCGUGGAGCGCCCUGCUUCUCCUCUGGAACCCUCUCUCUGCCGCUGCUGCCCUCGCUGGUGCCGCCUCCUCGCUCUUCUUGCUUCCGGUUGCCCUUGCACUCACUGCUGCUGCUGCUGGCAAUCCGCCUCUAGCAGCCAUGGGCAUGGCUCUAUCCAUCGCCCUCUCUCCUGCCUCUGUUGUGCUGAUAGUGCCUGUCCUGCUGCUGCUACUUAACGGCCGUUCCUCAACCGCCACGUCUCCUCCCCUUCCUCGCCCCUCUCCCCUGCAUCGCAACCCCCUUCUCUCCCCCUUCCUCCUCUUCCUCGCCCUCUGGUUACUCGUGCUUUCUGCCGCCUGCCACCUGCUGCUGCUGCCUCAUGGAGGGCUCCUGCCAGCCCUUUCCCAAGUUUUUCCGUUCGCGCUGCAACUAACAGACCUCACGCCUAAUCUCGGCUUGAGGUGGUAUUUCUUUGCUGAGGCCUUUGCCUACAUCCGCCCCUUCUACUCCUUCGUCUUCUCCGCCUCGCUGCUCCUCGUGCUGCCCCCUCUGGCCCUGCGCCUGCACCGUCGCCCCUUCUUCCUCGCCUUCGCUCUGCUCCUCUUCACCCACAUCGUCGCUCCUUACCCCGCUGUGGGGGAGUCGGGCGUCAUUCUUUCCCUGCUGCCACUCUUCCUCCCUCACCUCUCAGCCAUGCGGUUUGUGUUUAUCAUAUUCCUCGGCUACCUCCUAGUGCACACCAUGGGCCCUACCAUGUGGGACCUCUGGAUCCUCAAGAGCAUUGGUAAUGCCAACUUCUUCUUUGCUGUUGUGCUCAUCUUUGCUGCUAUUCAAGGAUUGCUUUUGGUGGAAGCUGUCCAUACAGUGUUGAUGCAUGAUCGCACCCUCAAGAAGCUCAAUCUUGCCUCACGUUUGCUCCAUGCAGCAUAAAAUUUUGUAACAAUCAUUGUGAGCUAUGGGAUUUGUUUGUUAAGUUGAAGCAACUGUAAGCUGGAAUCUAGAUACUGUUAAAUUAUAUACGGUAAGUUAGUAUAUCAUUGUAGGCUUGGUAGGCUUACUGAACCUUACUGUAGAGGGUACAACAUCCCUCCUUGUAUCCCUCUCUCUUCUAUUCUGAUCCU